AGUGUUGCUUCCUAAGUGGACAGUUUGAUUUCACAGAAGUGUGAUUGACUUGGAGUUACAUUGUGUUGUUUAAGUGUUCCCUUUAUUUUUUUGAGCAGUGUAUAAAGGGUUUCUCUGACUAAUAGGAUACGUUUUAACGUCUUACAAAUAUCUGUUUUGAUUUUCCUGUCUCUAUCUUUUCCAAAAUGAUGUAAAGAUUCGUAACUAUGGUAGACUAAAUAGCAAUAGAUUCAUAGAAAGACAUGAGUUAGAGAACAUGUUUAAGAAACUGUAGACUACUUAUUGACAGAAUGCACCUGACCAUAAGAUUUCUUCAAAGGGAGGAAAGAUGUACAAGUUAUGACAGACAUACAUCCUCUAGCCCACGCACAUGCACACUCUUUGUAGUUGAAGUGCUAUUAUUGUUAAGUUUUCAUUUACAUUACAUUACUUAUAUUUCAACUAUCCUUUUACUUGUAUAAGACUAAGACUCAUCUUCCUUUGUAUCUUGUUUGUUUGUCAAGCCAAUAAAGCAUAUCUUAUCUAAUGGCUGUGUAUUAGUGGGGCAUAAAAAAACAGUCGACCAGGGCUGCUGUGUUCAAAGGAAGUGGCUAGAAGCUCAGUAGGCCUCAUCUGUGUCAUCACGGCAACAAACCUACACAAUGAGAGUCUGUGUAGAACUGUCACUAGUUCGUUAGUAAGUGUACACAGUAUUUUCAAUAUUUUAACUGUUUAAAAUCCACCUCAACUUGAAUUGCGAACGUGGCUACUGUUGAAGAUAUGCACAUGCUCUCUCUCUUACUCACUCGCUCACACACAAACAGACUGAUACACACACACACUGAUUGUAUUUCCUGGUGUGCCUUCUGUGUUUCUUGUUGGACCCUUCUCACUCGCUGGCGUUGAAUCUGUCAUUUCCUGUCAUUUCAUAAAGCUCAGAGAUGUUCUCCAUCCCCCCCAACAUUGCUGCAUUUCCCAUCAUGAGUGUCAGUACUAAAGAGUGUCUGCUUGUCCACUACUGGUCCUCAGCACCACUGGUCCUCCUGCUCCUCUGUUCUGGUUGUUUUGCAGACAGCAGGGUGAGAACUUCUGGUAACAUCACAGCAAAGAUUGGUCAUCCUGUGACUCUGUCCUGUGAGCCGUUUGGAGACGGGAAUGUGUCCCAGGUUGAGUGGAGGAUUGGAGGGUGUGAUGGCCGUAGGAUUCUGGUUUCGAACACAAACAACCCAGUUGUCGUGGAGCAGGACUAUAUCGACCGUGUCUCUGCUGUGACAAUGCGUGGAUUCACGUUACUAGGGACACAGAGGAAUGACGCUGGGCCGUACUGCUGUUCUCUCACAACCUUCCCACUUGGGUCUUUGAAAUGUCACCUUUUUUUGUAUCUGACUGAGGACCCACAAACAGCCUUCAGUGAAUCUCCUCUCAUAAUGAUUGUGUCCAUUGCGAGUGGGAUUCUGGGAGUGCUGGUGCUGGGAGGGACCAUAAUAGCACUGUUGCUCUGUCAGAGUUGUAGAAGACCCGUGCAGGACCCUGUUCAUGUGGCAGUUCAUCCAGGGGGGCUUCCACAAAAAAAAAACUCCAUCCUCCAGAAAAGCCAGGCCCAUGCUCCCCCACCACAGAGGAGUAUCAGUGAGGAGGAAGAGGAGGAGAACGGGGAAAUGGAUUACUUGAACGUUACAGUGCUUCGCCUCCCCAGAAUUCCACCUACUGCCUCCUCUGCCUUGAGGAAGAGCUAGAGAAUACUGCACUCUCAUACAAACAGAAUAAAAUACAAACAAACAAAAACAUGUGUUCAUAAAGACAAAAUAUAAUGUAUACACACACUCACUGACACAAAAGCAGUUACAUUCACACACAUGACCUAUAUUUGGUUUGGGACAAUUUCCAGUUUAGCAUCUCCCCUACUCUGAAGUAAAGAUUUAAUGUUGGAUUUUAUCAUUGUAAAACCUGUCUUAUUGUGCUGGCUCUGCAUCCUAAAUAUCUUGUGUUUUGUAAUAAAAAGGAAUUCAAUAUCUCUCAAACACACAGAAUGGCCCUGCAGCAUGAUUUUAACAGUCACACUACACCAUUAGAAAAAAUGGUUCUUUGGCUGUCAAUCAAUCAAAUGUACUUAUAAAGCCCUUCUUACAUCA